GCGGAGGCUGCCGGUGAGCUCGUUCUUCGAAGCUUUGCCGCCCAUCCACCGAUUGGGCGACGUCGGCUGACUCCAGCUCCCAUCCGCCCCUUUGCUUGAAGACGGAGAGUUGUUGGCAACUUCCUUUACCAGCAGCCUAUGAAGCGGCGCGGUGCAAACGUGCCGGUAUCCGCAGAAACCUGUCGGCCGUCAAGAAAAGGAGAUCGCCUCGGCUGCCAUGGGCCACGCCGCCUCCUCCGACGGGUUUGACGGGGAACUUCUGAAUUAUAUAUCUAUAGUCAUGGCAGUGUUGCUGUAUGUAUUUAUUAUAUAUGUCUCUGUACCAUUGACUAUUCGACUAUUCCCUUCACUGUUACAAAAAUUUGUCUACCUCAAUUUUUUGGCUUACCCUUUUGGAGUAGAUUAUAAGAACCCUGAGGUAUUUCUAAAGAACACCAAAAACUUCUAUCUUACCUCUGAACCAGGAGUCACUUUUGGCAUUUGGUAUGCUCUAGCAGAAAACAGAUGGAAGGAAGCUGAAGGAAAAGACUUCAGCUGGUAUGAAGAGGCCCUCACAGAUGAUAACCCCAUCAUCAUCUAUCUCCAUGGCAAUGGGGGUACCAGGGCAACAAGUCACCGAAUUAGAUUCAUAAAGACAAUGAGUGGUGGCGGCUUCCAUGUUUUUGCUGUGGACUACAGAGGCUACGCAGACUCCACGGGUAAUCCUAGUGAAGAAGGCUUUACAACAGAUAUUCUCUGCCUUUACAACUGGGUGAAAGCAAGGAGUGGAAACAGCACAAUCAUCCUCUGGGGACAUUCCCUGGGCACCGGAAUUGCUACCAAUACUGCCAGAAGGCUGAAAGAACAAGAAGGUAUCAUAGUAGAUGCAAUCAUCCUGGAGGCUGCUUAUACCACCAUCCGGGAUGCAGCUGCCACCAUCCCAAUGUCAAAAAUCUAUCGCAAGUUUCCUGGCUUUGAAUAUUUAAUUUUGGACAGCAUGGCCCGAGGUGACAUGUACUUUCUGAAUGACAAAAAUGUCAAAGUGUUAUCUAGUCCUAUUUUGAUCUUGCAUUCAGAAGAUGACUACAUGAUACCUGUACAACAUGGAAGAAAGCUUUUUGAGAUCACAUACAGUGCCUCUGAGAAGAAAGACAACAUCAAGUUUCUCUCCUUCCCACCUUCCAUGGGUUUGGGGCAUGACCACAUCUCCUCUCAUCCUGAGCUGGCUUCCAUUCUCAGAGACUUCCUCCAGAGCAUUACGUAGGAUCAGCAAUCAAGUGGACAGUGACUUAAUAGCAACCUCAAGGAGACAUCAGUUCUUGCCAUGGAUAUUAAAACAACGAACAGUUGGAAGAUAAAAAAGUGGAUUUCAGUUUAUUUUACCAUGUGAAUUUGCAAAUGUACACUACAGAACAACAUUACUAGACAAUAAUACAGGAGUUUUUGAGCCUA